AUGCUUGCUGCCGUCCUUCUAGCUUCUCCUCAUGGUCCCUAUAUCGCUCGGGCCCUAACUAACCUAUCUAAGACCAAAAGUCUGAAAAUCGUUGAAACUUUCCUGGAACAUAAAGCCCGUACUAAAGAACCUAAAGGCCAGAUUUCCACUGAUAUAGGCCACUUUUUCUAUCAAGAUAUAGAUAAUCUUUACUUAGCAGUUUUGGCCGAUGAGUCAGAAACUAAAGUCUUUAAAGGUCUCCAACUCCUUGAAGGCGUUAUUAAGACAGCUACACCUAAUUUAUCUAUGGACUCAUACGGCCCAGAAGUCUCAGGACUACUUAGUGUUAUUGAUGAGAUAUUCACCCCAACUGGAGUAGUAGAUCGAUCACCAGAAGAUCUUAAUAAGACCUAUACCAUGCAAAGUAAUGAUGAAGUCCUCCACCAAAUGAUUCAAAAGACUCAAGAGAAAGAGCGAGAAAAAGCCCUUAAAAUGCACCAAAGACAUCCAUCCCAAUCGGCCUUAGACGAAAUUUCCAAAGAACUACAAGAGAUAAAGAUUCUUAAAGAGGAUCUUAAAUCAUCAAAAUCCCAACAAGAAACAGUCUCUAUACCCAAUCAGAAGACUCAACCAACCUAUUCUUCAUCUUCACCAACUUCUAAAUCUCAACUUAUCAAAUCACAAAUCAAAAGUAAGAUAAGUAAUUUAACCUAUCCCAUUAAUCUUAUCACCCAAAUUAAACUCAAUACAAUCUUUAAUGCCGUCACUGAACAGUCUAAGACCGAAGGUUCUGGCGAACUUCAUCUUAAAAUCACCAACGAUUCCUAUGCAGCUAUUCACCUCAGUCUCCAACAUAAACCCAACUCCACUCGAGCCCAUCCUUCCGUUGAUAAGAAAGCCUUCAAUCAAAACAAAAUCAUUCCUCGAGAAGAUUUACCUACUAAUCAUUUACUUACUCUACUUAAAUGGACUGAAGAUCAACCCCAACUUCCAUUUGAAGUAUCUUUCUGGCAAACAGAAAUAUCAGAAGAAAGAUACCGUUUCUUCAUUGAAAUCAUUCCCAGUCUAUCUAUUGAGUCCCUCAGUAUUCAAGUACCCAUUCGCCGACUUUCCGAUAUUGAAACUUCUAACGGCACAAUCCAAGAAGACUUCUUAACUACCCAAGCCACCAACCUACCAGCUGAAGACUCAUUCUCACUUGAAUUCACCGGUCUUUGUGAUAAUACUGAUUCCCUCUUCCCAUUCAAAAUCUCCUAUACCAUCGAUACACCCAAUACUCUUCAUUCCCUCCAAAUUCCCACCAUAACUACCUCUGACUCCCCCAACGACCCCAUCCCCACCACCGAAAUUCACCAGCAUACUUUCAUUGAAGGCGAGUGCACAGUCCUCCAAUCCGACCCACCCAACUACACCCACUAA